AUGGCGAGCUUUUUGAUUAACGUGUAUCUUGCCCUGGUUCUGCUUGGAUUUUUCAUGUCCACACUCCCUUCGGUCAAGACGCAGACCGACGAAUAUGCAGAAGAGGAAGAGAGGUCUUGUCAAGGAGCUUUCGACUUGUACUUCGUCCUCGACAAAUCGGGAAGUGUCAAAAACCACUGGAUCGAGAUCUACUCUUUUGUCGAACAUCUGGCCGAGAAAUUCAUUAGCCCAAUGCUGAGAAUGUCCUUCAUUGUGUUCUCAUCCCGGGGUAACACCAUCAUGCCAUUGACAGAGAACAGGGACGAGAUAAGGAAGGGACUGAGUGUUUUGAAAAGGGAGAUACCGGGGGGUGAUACGUUUAUGCAUCUUGGCCUGGAAAAGGCAAAUGAGCAGAUAUUCUACGAGAACUACGGGACAGCGAGCGUCAUCAUCGCACUGACUGACGGAGAGCUAAAUGAGCAGCAGUUCCACACGGCACAGCAAGAGGCGGAGCGGGCGCGGUCCUUGGGAGCCAUCGUGUACUGCGUGGGAGUGAAGGACUUCAACGAGACGCAGCUGGCCACCAUCGCGGACACCAUCGAGCAUGUCUUUCCUGUGAUUGGAGGAUUCCAGGCCCUAAGAGGAAUGAUCGAUUCUAUCAUAAAGAAAUCCUGCAUUGAAAUAUUAGCAGCUGAACCAUCGAGUGUCUGUGCAGGAGAGUCAUUUCAGGUGGUGGUGAGAGGAAAUGGGUUUUUGCACGCUAGAAAUAUUGACCAGGUCUUGUGCAGCUUCAAAGUCAAUGACACCAUCACCAUAAAUGAGAAACCUGCGGAUAUAGCAGACACCUACCUGCUGUGCCCCGCACCAGUCAUAGACGAAGUUGGGAAGGUCGUCUAUCUUCAGGUCAGCAUGAAUGAGGGGCUGUCCUUCAUCACCAGCUCUGUGCACAUCACGACCACGGAAUGUUUUGACGGCACGAUUCUCCUGAUCACGCUGCUGAUCCUCUUCCUGUUGCUGGCCCUGCUGUUGAUGUGGUGGUUUUGGCCACUGUGUUGCACUGUGGUGAUCAAAGAGCCACCUCCGCCCCCUCCCCCAGAGCCAGAGUCGGAUGACGAGGAUGGGAUGCCGAAAAAGAAGUGGCCCACCGUGGACGCGUCAUACUAUGGAGGACGUGGCGUGGGGGGCAUUAAAAGGAUGGAGGUACGCUGGGGUGGUAAGGGCUCCACAGAGGAGGGCGCAAAACUGGAAAAGCCAAAGAAUGCGGUGGUGAAGAUGCCGGAGCAGGAGUUCGAGCCCUACGAGCCCAAACCCAAGAAGCAUGGCACCCGCAGGCUGGCUCAGGAGAGGAGGUGGUACACGCCCAUCCAGGGGAAACUGGACGCGCUGUGGGCCCUGUUCCGCCGGGGGUAUGACCAGGUGUCCCUCAUGAGACCGCAGCCCGGGGAUCAGGGUCGCUGUAUCAACUUCACCAGGGUGAAGGAGGAGGCUGCCAGGGCCACCCCGCGCGCCCACAGCCCCCCACCCCCAUCGGACCAUGAGCCCCUGACCCGGCCCACAACCCCGCACUCCAACGGAACCUCCCUGAGCCGGCCGCCCCCUGGACCGCCCCCUGCCCGUGCACCGCCUGGACCCCCCGGCCCCCCUCCCUCGCGGCCCCCGCCCAGCCUGGACAGCAGACCAUGA